UCACAUUAUCUCUCUCUGCAAACCCAUCAAUGGAAUACUGCCUCUACUGCUUUCAUUUCUGUUCCUUGUUUAUUGCCGGUCUGAUUCGGUGUUAGCCAGAGGAAGAAGAAAAAGAAGAAGAUGACGGUCAAGGGAGGCACAAACCAUGCUUGUGCUGCCUGCAAAUACCAAAGAAGGAAAUGCGCACCAGACUGUGCAUUAGCUCCGUACUUUCCUCAUGACCAGCCAAAAAUGUUUCAGAAUGCUCAUAGACUUUUUGGUGUUAGUAACAUUCAGAAAAUCCUUAAACCACUUACUCCUAAUCUCAAAAAAGAAGCAACAAGAUCGAUCAUAUACGAAUCGAAUAUGAGAGCAAGGUUUCCUGUUAGUGGUUGUCAAGGUGUUAUUAUACAACUUCAGUAUCAACUCCAACAAGCUGAAUUGGAACUUCAUUAUGUCAGGGCUCAUCUUGAAAUGUACCGGCAACAGAAUCAAAUACAAACUUCUCCAGAACUGCUGCAAUUAGGUAACCUCAACAUGGCCGCAGCACCGACUCCGGCUCCGGAUUACAACACGCUUUCGCUGUUUCAGCAACAAGCGUAUGAUGAUAAUAAUGUUUCAGUUGUUAACGGCGAUGUAGCGAGUAUUAUGCCAAUGGAGUCUUUUUCUAAUGAGAAUAGUCAAGGUUAUGGUAAUGAUGUUACACCGGUGGAUUAUGUGAAGAAUGAAAUUGUUAAUCCUUUGUGGAUGCAACAUGAUUUCAUUGCUAAUGAUCAUCAUAAUGGUAAUAAUAACAGUAACUCGACGAAAGUUCAGUCUCAUGAGUUUUUUGUUGAACAACCGGUAUUGUUUCAGCAAGAACCUGAUGUAUUGGAAUCUCAAGAUUAUGAUGAAAUGCCUGCUUUUUUCGAUGCAAUUGACGACAAGGAAGGUUACGAGUCAAGCAGUCCUGAAUCAUCUCCAGGAGAUGCAACACAAUCAAUUGAACAUGUUUCAGAGAAUGAGUUAAAAAAUGCAGCGGCAUGCUUCAGCGUGACAAGUGUGAACUGAGCAAAGUGCACAAGAGAGACCAACAGCAUGCAAAUGAAAGCACGAUGGAAGAGGAAUAAGACUUCGAACUCUGGAAGAGUUCUUAUGUUGUAACCAUUGUCUGCUUUUCCAUUUCCUUUUCCCCUUUUUGCAGAAGUAGGUUUACAUUUCACAAUUUUGAGCAUUUCCAAGAAUUUCAAAAUUUUCUAUUUAAUCACACACUCUCAGAUAAACUUCAUUUCCUGAUGAAUAAACAAAUUACAAACAUCUCCUGUGAGGCCAUGAUGAGAAAUGCAGAGAAUCAAAUCUCAAUGAAAUUCCUUUAAGAGGUUAAGGUGGAGCAAACAAAUUAAAGGUGAGUUUUUAUUC